GCUGGACUCGCGAGCACGACGGCCGACGUGCAGAGGAGGGCGGGUUUGGGACGAGGGAGGACGUGCCGACGCGCGACGCGUCUGGGCGUCUGGCGUCUAGCACGUAUUGCUAACCGACGCUGAGCUCAUCCUCCCUCUCCCCACUCUCUUCCACUCUCCCAUCUACCAUGUCCUUCGUCCGCGCCUCCCUCUCUGCUCGCACCGCCCUCGCCAAUGCGCGCCGCUACUCGACCGAGCCCGCGGCCGCCAAGAAGUCCUCCAACCUUCCCUUCUACCUCCUCGGCGGCGGUGUUGCCGGCCUCGCGGGCUAUCUCUACCUCGACCGCGCAAACGCCGCACCCGUCAAGCCCAAGAUCUCCGACAAGAGCCCCCUCGACCCCCAGAACUUUGUAGAUUUCAAGCUCAAGAAGGUCGAGCCCUACAACUACAACACCGCCAAGUUCAUCUUCGAGCUCCCGGCCGACACCGCCUCGCUCCUCCCCGUCGCCUCCUGCGUCGUCGUAAAAUCCGCCGCGGACACCGCCACGCCCCUCCUCGACGACAAGGGCAAGCCCGUCAUCCGGCCCUACACCCCCAUCUCCCCCUCCGACAAGCCCGGCGAGCUCACCUUCCUCAUCAAGAAGUAUGAGACCGGCAAGAUGUCCAAGUACUUCUUCGAGCUCAACCCCGGCGACAAGCUCUCCAUCAAGGGCCCCAUCCCCAAGUUCGAGUACAAGAUCAACCAGUUCGAGCAGGUUGGCAUGAUCGCAGGCGGCAGUGGCAUCACGCCCAUGUACCAGAUCCUCGACUACGCCCUGCAGGAUCCCUCGAACAAGACGCGCUUCACGCUCAUCUUCGCGAACGUCGCCGAGAAGGACAUUCUUCUCAAGGAGGAGUUCGAUGCGCUCAAGGCAAAGUACCCGAAGACGUUCAACGUCGUCUACACGCUCGACAAGCCCAGCGCCGGCUGGACAGGCACGACCGGGUACGUGAACCAGGAGCUGGUAUCGACGCACCUCCCAGCAGCAGCCCUCGGAGACAAGGCGAAGAUUUUCGUCUGCGGCCCUCCCGGACAGGUCGCCGCAAUCUCUGGCCCGAAGAAGGGUUACCAGCAGGGCGAGCUCGGUGGUAUCCUCAAGCAGCUCGGCUACACGGAGGAGCAGGUGUUCAAGUUCUGAUGUAGACUUCCCCGCUGUUGUAUCUUGAAUAGACAGACAACCUAAUGUUUCGGUGCCGACGUGGAGCGGGUGUAUGCUGAGUUGAGAGCUAUUCUGAGCGAGGUACGUCUCCUCCAUGUUCGCGGCCAGACGCGGCUGCUCGGAAGCGCGUGUCCCUGCGCAGGAAUGACGUCAUCCGCAACCCUCGAUAACCCUCCUCGUCGGUCCGUCCCUCUCUUCCGUCCUCCCUCACUGCAUGGUCCUCCUCGCCCGCACAUCUCUCCCCCUCCUCGCCGCCUCCCUCCUCUCCCGCGCCGCCUCCCCCGCCCUCGCAUCCAC